AUGGGUGACUCCAACAAGCAGCACAAGUACCGGCAGGAGAUCCAGCAGAUGAUGUACGUCUCUGGCGAGACGGGGGAGCCGUCGAUCGAGACGACGGCCAUGAUUGAGGAGAUUGUGCGGCAGCAGGUGAUUGAGAUCCUGCGGCAGUGCACCGAGCUGGCCGCGCGGCGCGGGUCGCGCGUCAUCACGAUCAACGACCUCAUCUUCCAGAUCCGCGACGACGCGCCCAAGGUGUCGCGGCUCCGGACCUUCCUGUCGUGGAAGGACGUGCGCAAGAGCGCCAAGGACUCGGACGAGAAGGGCGGCGACGCGGACAUUGGCGUCGGCGACGACCCCGCGGGCGGCGUGAUGCCCGGCGGGCCGGUCGACGAGGGCGCAAAGAAGAACAAGAAGGCCAAGGUCAAGCUGCCAUGGGAGCCGUCCUCGUUCUACAACCAGGAAGUGCCAGAGCGGGACGACGAGGAGGACGAGGAGGAGGAAGAGAUGAACUUCAUCACGCUGCAGCGGCUGCGCAAGGCUGACGAGCGCACCAAGGCAAUGACCCGCGAGGAGUACGUGACGUGGUCCGAAUAUCGCCAGGCCUCAUUCACGUACCGCAAGGGCAAGCGGUUUAGGGAGUGGGCCGGCUUUGGCAUCGUGACGGACGGCAAGCCGUCGGACGACAUUGUCGACAUCCUGGGCUUCCUCACCUUCGAGAUGGUGCAGACGCUCACGGAAGAAGCGCUCAAGAUCAAGGAGCAGGAGGACCUGUGGAAGGAGCGCAGCGGCGGCGACAACAAGGAAGGGGGCAGCAAGAAGCGCAAGCUGGCUCAGGGACUGUUCGACCCGCCCAGCGAGGGCAAGACGCCGGUCGAGCCGCGGCAUAUCCAGGAGGGUUUCCGGAGGCUGCAGACGAGGCCGACCAAGUCGCGCGCCAUGCUCAACUUUACGAGGCUGCAGCAGCGGACAAACCUCAAGCUGUUCUGA